CGGGGGGCGCAGAAAGCGGAAAUUUGCCUCCCCAACUCCGCAAAGUCCCUCCUCCCCGCGUCUGACCAAUAGCGCGGCGGCUGCCCCGGCCUAGGGCCCGUAGGAGCUAUAAGAGCCUCUCCGGACGCAACCUUCCCCCAACUCCCAUCCACUUCUCUGGACUCUGAGGGAAGCAGCGCGCCCAGCGACCCGGCGAGAACGGGGCGGCCGUGGCGAUCGCCAGCGUUUGCUUCCUUUGGAGACCUCGAAGUGCCCUGCACUUCCCCCUCCCUCCCUGUCCCCUCCCCCGCACCCUUUUCCUCCCUCCUUCUCUGGGCUCUGGCCGCCGACGCUUGAGUUCUAGCAGGGCGCGCAGCGACAGCAACCACCCGGAGCUGAGCCCCGACAGGCGGCCGGGCAGAACUCGGGGGGCCACCGGGGGCCACGAAGCUGGCGGGUUAAGGCACGCCUCUGGCCUCUCCCCCCUCCCCUCCCCCCAGCCUUCCCUGCCCUUGGCCCCCCCCCCCGGGCUCGCGAGUCCCGCAUCGUGGCCCAAGAGAUGAUGCAGGACGUGUCCAGCUCGCCAGUCUCCCCAGCCGACGACAGCCUGAGCAACAGCGAGGAAGAGCCCGACCGGCAGCAGCCUAGUGUGGGCGGCAAACGCGGGGGGCGUAAGCGAAGGUCCAGCCGGAGGAGCGGAGGAGGCGGCGCGGGCGGAGGCAGCGGCGGAGGCGCCGGAGCGGGCGGAGGCGGCGCGGGCGGCGGCGGCGGAGGAGGAGCAGGGGACGACCCGGGCAGUCCAGCCCAAGGCAAGCGGGGCAAGAAGUCGGCCGGCGCGGGCGGCGGGGCCGGAGGGGGCGGGGGCAGCAGCAGCGGCGGCGGCAGCCCCCAGUCCUACGAGGAGCUGCAGACCCAGCGGGUCAUGGCCAACGUGCGCGAGCGGCAGCGCACUCAGUCGCUUAAUGAGGCGUUCGCAGCGCUGCGCAAAAUCAUCCCUACGCUGCCCUCGGACAAGCUGAGCAAGAUCCAGACUCUCAAGCUGGCCGCCAGGUACAUCGACUUCCUCUACCAGGUCCUGCAGAGCGAUGAGCUCGACUCGAAGAUGGCCAGUUGCAGCUACGUGGCCCACGAGCGCCUCAGCUACGCCUUCUCCGUGUGGCGCAUGGAGGGAGCCUGGUCCAUGUCGGCGUCCCACUAGCGGCAGCGGCCGCCACUCGGCUCGGGCAGGCCGUGAGACCCAGAUGGCAUUGCUUCCAGAGAAGGAGAAAAUGAACAGUCUAGAGACUCUGGAGCGGGAUAAUUACAAAUAGAGAUAAGAAUUACAGAACGCCAAGGAUUGUCUUGAAAAUUGCAAGAACUAUUCUCAAAUCCAAAGCAUCCAAGCAUGGGGAGCCAUUAAGAGACCAGGGGCUUUGGACAAGGCCUCCCAGCUGGGCAGCGGGCAAGCCGUCCUCACACCUCUACAUUCUGAUAGAAGUCUGAAAGGUUGUUGUCGUUUUUUUUUUUAAUUUGACGAAGAAUGUUUUUUUUUUUAAAUUUUUAUUUUUCCAUGCAUGCAUUCUCAAGAGGUUGUGCCUGCCAGCCACAGAAAGGAAAGGUACUCCUGUGAAUGGGCUCCAUUUUAAAAUGGUAACAAUCAGAGGAAAUGAAAAGAAAAAUUAAAAAGGGGGGAAAUAGGCAAAAACAAAACAAAACUCUGGGCUCAAACUGUUUUACACACACCUGGCCCAGAUACUUCUCUUCUUUCUUUAAAACUUGUUCCUCUGAGGAAAAAAAAAACACAAAAAAACUAGACUAAAAAAAAAUCAAUCGACAUUCUAUUUAUUUAUUGAUGACCCAUGUUAAAAUGCAAAUAGAUCUGGUGUCUAAGUGCAUUCAUAUUUUUAUGAUUGUUUUGUAAAUAUCACUGUAUAUUAUUUUUCUGCAAUAAAUGAAUAUGAUUGAAGUUUUAAGAACCUUUAA